AGAGCGCGCCACAGGAAAAUGCCACCCGGAAGCGGAAAUCGCCUCGCGGCGCGGGUGGGUGCGAGCCGGAGAAGGAAGAGGAGUGACUUCCGUUUUGCGGAAGUCGCUCCUCCCCCUUCCUUUGCUCGCCUUCUCUAGGAUUGGUUGCUGGCGCCUGGCCCCGCCUCCUCCGGCCCCGCCCCUCGCGGCCGCUUUCCCGCGUCUGCUGAUGCAAAGCCGCGGUCUGGGUGACAGUUGAGGAUGGCAGGCGCCGACGGACCGGCCGGGCGGCCGUCGGAGCUGGAGCCCGUGGUGUCGUUGGUCGACGUGCUCGAGGAGGACGAGGAACUGGAGAACGAGGCAUGCGCCGUGCUUGGUGGCAGCGACUCGGAGAAGUGCUCCUACUCGCAGGGCUCAGUAAAGAGACAAGCACUAUAUGCCUGUAGUACCUGUACCCCAGAGGGAGAAGAACCAGCAGGAAUUUGCCUGGCUUGCAGUUACGAGUGUCAUGGAAGUCAUAAACUAUUUGAACUAUAUACAAAGAGGAAUUUUCGUUGUGAUUGUGGUAACAGCAAGUUUAAAAAUAUGGAAUGCAAAUUAUUUCCUGACAAGGCAAAGAUAAACCCUGGCAAUAAGUACAAUGACAACUUUUUUGGAUUAUACUGCACUUGCAAGCGACCUUAUCCUGAUCCCGAAGAUGAGAUUCCAGAUGAGAUGAUCCAAUGUAUAGUCUGUGAAGAUUGGUUUCAUGGAAGGCAUCUUGGUGCCAUUCCCCCUGAGAGUGGGGAUUUCCAGGAGAUGGUGUGUCAGGCUUGCAUGAAACGCUGCUCUUUCUUGUGGGCUUAUGCUGCACAAUGGGCAGUCACCAAAGUACCUGCAGAGGAUGAUGGGUUGGUGCUGAAUGUUGAUGGGACAGGUGAUCAGGAAGUUACCAAACCCGAAAAUGGAGCUCAUCAAGCUAGUACCCUCAAAGAGGAUGUUCUAGAACAUGGGAAAGAUGUUGUCAAGCAAGUUAAAGCAGAGCAGACUAACGAACCAUGUACCAGUUCUAGUUCGGAAUCUUACCUCCAGACAUCAUUUAAGAAUGAGCAUGUCAACACAGAAUCGCAAUCUAGCUGCAAACUUCAGGAGCUUAAAGCUAAACAAAUUGUAAGGAAAGACACUGCCACCUAUUGGCCCUACAACUGGCGCAGCAAGCUGUGUGUGUGCCAGGACUGUAUGAAAAUGUAUGGCGACCUGGACGUGCUGUUCCUGACAGAUGAGCAUGACACAGUUGUAGCUUAUGAAAACAAGGGCAAGGUAGACGAGGCCGCAGACAGGAGAGACCCUUUAAUGGAUACUCUCAACAGCAUGGACAGAGUCCAGCAAGUGGAACUGAUUUGCGAAUACAAUGAUUUGAAGACUGAACUUAAAGACUAUCUCAAGAGAUUUGCUGAUGAAGGCACGGUUGUUAAGAGAGAGGAUAUCCAACAGUUCUUCGAAGAAUUUCAGUCAAAAAAGAGAAGAAGAGUGGAUGGGAUGCAGUAUUACUGCAGCUAGAGCAGAGUCCGAGCCUUCUCCAGCCCGUGCAAGUGCCACUUGUUCCAGAAUAAAGGAGGCACAUUUCACAGUUGUCCCUUAUUUCCUCUUCUCUUCCAAGAGGCCUCCUCCUCCUCCAGCCUUGAACUUCCUUUUCUCCUUAACUACAGUCGCCACAAUGUUUGUGCUGAUUUCACGACCAGCAUUCCUCCUUGACUCAGCUAAAUGCAGCUCAUUGCACAGACUUCAGCCCCCAACCCCCAGGCUACCCAGGGUUACUCCCUCUAAGUUUUAAGACAUUGGAUUGGGUUUUGAGAGAGUAAACUAAUUUCUUUUCUAAUGAUUUGUUCUUUAACUCCCAAAUGUGUCUACUUUGCCACAGAGAUGUUGUCUUCCAGGCCCUGCUCUGUGGUGCCUCAAGAAGGUUCUCUUCCUGUCAGCUAGAACCUGUAUAGGUCCCCUCACCCUUAUGAUCGUGGUGCCUUGCGUCAAAGCUUCCUCAAGCCCGGUCUGCUUCUCCCACAUUCCUGCCUUCUGAGGUUUGGGCACAGCUCAAAAAGGCCCUCAGAGCUUAUUUCCUGUGGCCCGGCCUCCAGAGUUGGCCAGGGCUGGUGGUUUUCUGGUUUAGAUGUCUGUCGCAGGCAAGGAGAUUAGCUGAUGGCAGGGUUGAAGAAGCCAACCUUUGUUACAACCCUCACAAAUUUAAAGUGAGAUUUUCAGUCACAGUUCUGCUGGCACUAGAAUCUUAGAAUUUCAGUACUGUAGUACUCACAGGGCUUCCUGAAGAAAAUUGCCAGAACAAAACAUUAGUCCCUCUUCUGCUGCCUAGAAAAUAGACCGGGUACUACCCUGUGACAUCUUGGUGGUUUACAAAGUCCUCUGGAUUUCUUUAUCUUAUCAGGGAUAUUCUUAAGCAUAUAUUUAAAAUGGGCCUAUUUUGAUAUUGUUCUGUUAUAAAAUUGUUAUUAGAACUCAAUAAAUUAUUUCCCCCCCUUAACUAUGCUGAAGAAAGAAGUUCCUGACUUGGCUUAUUUGGGGUGAACAGGGCACAGGUGCCCUGAUUUGGAAGAGGCAGACUGUGGAAGAAAUUCCCAACAAGGCCCAACUGCACGAUUGACGAGCUUUAUGUACAUAAACCCCAGUAUCCACCACUGUUCCCUAAUGACUAUGAGUUGUCUUUUGAAGAACCUCAUGGAAUGUUGUAUAAAACCCCAUUUUCAAGGGACAUCCUUUCGGUGGGUGAGACACCUUGAAAGCCCCUCAGUCUGUGUGGAGCGCCCUUUAAUCAACACAGAGCCCUCAUCACUCUUUCUCUUUCAGAGCGAGUGCUUUCUUUACAGGCUAACUGAGGCAUGUGACUAAGCGUUUGAGGCUUUGGGACCACAGUGUUUAUUAACAUUCCGGAUGCGUCAUGUCCAGCACACCCGUGUACCAGAGCCCCCAACCCUGGAUGUGACGCUCUAGGCCUGCAGAGGUCAAGGCCUUCAAGAAGUGGUUCAACUCUUGUUUUUCUGCAUUAACUUAAUUACAGACCCUGGCGAAGAGUGCUGUGUGGAGCUGGAAGGCUUUGGCUGCAGGAAAGGCCUUGUUCUCCCAGCAGGCCUUGGAGAGGAAGGUAGAAAGCCCAGGCACCAUCAGGGCUGUUUACCUUCCCCUGCUGGGAAGUCUCAAAGCCAAGGUUCUCUAGCCCCUUCUGCAGGGUUGAGCAGGCCUCAGGAGAGAACUUAGGCCUGAAACUACCAGGAAGUUCCUUACUUCUUGUGGUAGGUCAGGACCCAGCCCCAGAGGGGAGGCAUUACUCUGCAGGCACUCAGCACCCUGUGCCGAAGGGCUUGUUUUAUGAAAGGCACUGUUCCUUCUUUCACGUUAACCAGGAAACCUCUUUUUUUAACCUAUUGUUCACAACACAUUUUCUUAUUGAUUGUGUUAGACCAUCUCUUCUUGUAGAGACUGAUUUUGGCCAAUGUGUGGCAGUCGAUAUUAAUGCAUGUUUUAUGCAAAACAAAACUAGUUGCUUUUAAGGAAUUCUGGCAUUGUAUGUGCAUUUUUUGUAGACUUGUUACUGGACUUAUGAUUACAUACUAUCUAAUCAGGUUUCUGUAAAAUUUAAAUAAAGCCAAUU